AUCAAAGGACUGAAAUUUUGCUGUAGGCACUCUGCGGUUUCUUUAAAAUCAUUCGCACAUCUAUAAGCGAUAGUGAGAGUUUUUCAUCUCACUGGCCACGACCCCUCACUCCUUGAGUAAAGACAGCCCCUCUCCACUGAAAUCUAAUCAUAACUCUUCAGCCCAGUCACUGCGGGUCAAUAGCAGCUGAUUUAGAGCAGAGUUAAUCUCUACCCUGAUGUCCGGAAGAAGAUAAGUGUCAUUUAGGAGUACCGGAGAUGGGCUGCACGCCAUCUAAAGCCAACAUUGCAUACUCUCAUGAGCAUGUGUGUGGGGAUCUGGACACCUGCUCCACCUUCUUACCGAGUGUUAUAAGCUCCGUAUCCACGCCGGAGAGACCCUCAACCAGACUGCGCGUGGACACCGGAGCCAACGGCAGAGAAACUUUCCUUACCGUUCCUAGUCGGGACUGUUACGGCCGCUUGGCGAAUCAGCAGCCUGAGAGCCCGGACGCAUGGAGCACGAUGAGCACAGCCAGUUUUUUCGCACCGCGGGCCAGCGACUUCGAGGGCAGCGACACACCGGCUGGAAAGCGGUAAAAAAAAAAAAGAACGUCGCGCUUCAGUGAACCUAAUUAACGGUAGUUCGGUAUUGGCAUAAAGUUGGCUUGACGUUGGAUGUUCGUUAUUCGCAGAUAUUUAGGGACCGUCUCUAAAGUUACAUACGACAAUCAGUGUGUUUACAUGGACAACAAUAAUCCACUCUUAGCCCGAUUAAGACCAUACUUUGAUUAAGAAACUACCAUAUUAACAGCAAUUUUUAAUGACCUUAAUCUAAUUAAGGUCAUACUCAGAGUAAGCAAUAAUCGAAUUAAGACAGGUGGAGUACUCCUGUUUUAGUCGCAUUAUGGACGUGUAUUACAGACAUGUAAACACCUUAAUCACAUUAUGAACGUCGUGUGAGAGUUUCCACCGCAUUUUGCGACAGGACACGAUCACACACGGCAGUUUUACGUUUUACGGCGAACAAGAGAGUUCAGCUGCGUCCCAAACCGCAUACUUUUUUUCAUACUUUUUAGAUUUUUUAAAUUUAUUAAAAUAAGCUAUUAAAUCAUAUGUAAAUUAGAUAUGCAUUUCACUACAGAAUGGGCUCAUACACAAAAUAUACCAUAAUUUAAAGCUCAAUAGCAUUUGAAGGGAAUUAUGUACAGUCAUGAAGCCAACUGUAAAAUGUUUGACUAGGUGUCAGGUAUGAGGCACACCUUUUAAAUUUUUGAUAUUUAACCCUACAAUCAUUGUCAUUGUGUGACUGUAAGUCAUUCCCUUCAAAUGCUAUUGAGCUUUAAAUUUUGGUAUAUUUUGUGUAUAAUGGUAUAUUUUGUGUACUACAUUCUGUGGUGAAAUUCACAUCAAAUUUACAUAUGAUUUUAUAGCUUAUUUUAAUAAAUAUCAAAAAUCUUUUUGCAAAAAGUUGUGCGUCAUACCUAACACCUAGUUGAACAUUUUACAGUUGGUUGUGUGACUGUAAGUCAUUCCCUUCAAAUGCUAUUUAAGUUAGAAACGUGUAUAACAAUGUCGUAUGUAACUUUAGAGACGGUCCCUUAAUUUCCGCAUAUCAGCGAAUAUCGACCGUCCAACGUCAAACCAACUUUAUACCAGUCAGUUCGGUAGCGUUGUCAGGGAGACGCUUUCAGCUACUGAUCUACUCUAUCAGCACAGCAGCUAGUUAUCACAGGCUUUCCCCGUGUGAUUGAACUUGAUCCUGUAUUUGGACAUUUUAAUAAGAACUUAUCAUUACUUCGCCGUAUAGGCCUACAUUCAUUAUAGUUUAACGAGGAUGUCGAAUUUAAGAGGCGGGAAAAAAACAAGAGAAAUUUGGUAGCGCCACCGCUUGACUCUCCAAUUCUCGCGGUGUUUGGACACUGAAUUCUCGCGAGGGGCUGCGGAUUCCGAAAGCGAAGAGGAGAAAUGGAGAGAUGAGGGCUGAAAAGGAACCGACGACGGGAAGCAGAGAAAGAGGCGUCGUCGAGAUACAGCUGAGGGACGCUCAGAGGGAGCAGGACAGCACUACGGCCAAUUCAAAGCACAAAGAGGAGAAAAAGGAAAUCUUCACCAAGGUUGUGAUUCGACGUCUUCCACCCAGCUUGUCAAAAGACCAGCUUGAGGAGCAACUCAGUCCACUGCCUUCUUAUGACUAUUUUGAGUUCUUUCCUGCUGAUCAAAGCCUGUAUCCACAUCUUUUCUCCAGAGCAUACAUCAACUUUAAAAACCCAGAAGAUAUUGUUCUCUUCAGAGAUCGUUUUGAUGGUUAUGUUUUUAUUGAUAAUAAAGGUCAAGAAUAUCCAGCCAUUGUAGAAUUUGCACCUUUUCAGAAAGUUUCCAAGAAGAAGCUCAAGAAAAAAGAUGCCAAAGCAGGAAGCAUUGAAGAAGAUCCAGAAUACAAACGAUUUCUGGAGAACUACUCUUGUGAUGAGGAGAAGUCAAUGGCCAAUCCAGAAACACUGUUGGGAGAAAUUGAGGCUAAAACAAGAGAGCUCAUAGCUAAAAGGACAACACCACUUCUGGAAUACAUUAAGAACAAGAAGUUGGAGAAGCAGAGAAUUCGGGAGGAAAAAAGGGAGGAGAGAAGACGCAGAGAACUGGAGAAGAAACGGCAAAGGGAAGAGGAGAAAAGGAAACGCAGAGAAGAGGAGAGGCGAAAACGCAAAGAGGCAGAGAAGCAGAAGAAACUCUCUGAAAAGGAUAUAAAAAUUAAGCUUUUGAAGAAAUGUGACAGGGAUGAUGAGGUGGAAUCAGACAGACUGAAAGACAAAGGAGACAGUGGAGAGACAGAGAGGAACAAGUGGGAGAAAUCUGCAGGUCACACCAAGACAAAGGAACCUAAAGAGAAUCGAAUUCAGAUGGAGAGUGAUAAGGAGCAGCGGGAUGGCCACAGCCGCCGGCAGAGAGAAAAAGACCAGAAGGGCAGAGAAGAGGAGCGCAAGCGGCAGCGGCAUCACUAUGAGUUUGACAAGUUCAUGCGCCGCAAGGAGGAGACCAAAUGGGGCAAAGGCUACUGUCAUGACCGGGCAAAGAAAGAUGGCCACCACCAUGGCUACUCCUACUGCCUUGAGAUGGGGGAUAAGUCAAGUAAAGAGGACCGAGAUGAGAUGGGGAGCAGGAAGGAACGUAUUCGUAAUAAGUCUGUGUUAGUGCAUCAGGAGAAAAGGACCUCCCAGUCUGAGGGGCCAGACCAGAUAGGAGGGGCUCUGCCAGCCAAGGACCGACCUGCCAUGCAGCUGUACCAGCCAGGAGCCCGUAACCGUAAGCGCAUAGGUUCUGGGAACAAAGGCUUUGACUUCAGCCGACUCUCUCCGGAGCCAAGCACCGAACCCUGCUAUGAGCUGACCAUAGGAACAGGCUCUGAGAAAAGUGGAGAUGAGUGACAGAAAAAGCAUGUUUCAGCUCAAGGCAAGAGGCAGAAUAAUGUGCUCAGAGAAUAAACCUCUCUGAUCAUGUUCUCAAUGUGCUCCAUCUGUGUUUCCACGCACUGUGUCAGCAGUAUAGUCAAACUCUAGAUUGUGUUAUUGUUAAUAAAUUCUACUAUAUGUUUGAGUUUCAUGUCAAAGAACACUGCCUCAUCCACCGGAUUCACAUUUUUUCUAAAUUUUUAGAGCAUACGCACUUAUCACGUUGUUUGUUGACCUCCACUUUAAGAUCAAAUGCCUCAUCAUUUACAGAAGACAGAUUUAUAUGCCUUUUGUAGUGAAUCAUAUAGCUUCCAUUACAUGACAGAGUUUAUGAAUAGUGUAGUACAGAUAGUGUACAGAUUUUACUGUAAAAAUCAUAAGCAGAUAUUGUGAAAUGCAUAUAUGCAUAUAUUUUUAAUAUAUGAAAUGUAUAGGAAUAGGGUAAUAAGAGAAAGUAAUAAAAUAUAUGUGAGUGUAUGCACAUUACUGCGUUUAUCCUGGAUGUAAAAAGCACUUACUUGAUUUAAUAAUUCAGCAUGUAACACUUAAUUUUAGAUAAUAAUACGAUAAUACUAAUGCCUGAUCUUUUAUAUAUUAAUCUAUGAUAUUUGGGCUUUUUGUACUCAUGUAGUACUGCUAAAUUGAGCUAGCUCAUAAUAUUUAUUAUAAUGAAUAAGCAACAUUUCACCUGUUAGCCAAGAAGUACACAUUUUGGCUUUCACUUAAAGCUGUGGAGAAUGACUAGCUUGGAUUUUACUUAGAUCUAUGUAAAAUGUUAUCAGAACAUCAAUCCUGCUUUUUAUAUGGUUGUAUAAUUGAUGGCGAUUGUGUUUUACAUGCCUCAGUGACAUGCCAUUUCUUUGGUAAAGAUUAAUAGGUUCUUUUGCUCUCAAUUGAAAGACCAAGAAAACUAAACCUUUUCACAUAAAUAAUUACAUUACAAUGCAUUUUGAUGGAUUUAUUAAUAUCGUUUGUCUACAAUAAACUUUCACAUUGUCGA